AUGAAGCAACUUUGUCAUCUACUAAAACCUCUGGUGAAUGCUUAUGUAAUUUUAUUAUCAUGGUUUUUAGCAAUAUUAAAUUUAUAUCUCUUUGACAAACCACUGAGAGAGUAUGCAGCGUCAGUAAAUUUGAAUGCACAACCAACGGUUCUUGAUACAAUACAUUAUUAUACAGCAGAAGAAGGAUAUCAAGUGCUUUCCAAUUUGGGAGAUCAUGGCCGUGAUGCAUAUCGAUUAGCUAAUUAUGCAGAUUUCACUUUGCCAAUUUUUCUUUUCCUCUCCUUAUCUCUACCAAGUUUAGCUUUGGGAAAAGGAUGUCUACAUGUCAUGGGACCAUUUUUAUAUAUGAUUUCAGACUAUAUUGAAAAUAUUGCCGAAAAAUAUGUAUUAGAGAUUUAUCCAAAACGAAAUGAUAUUGUAAUGAAAUUAGCUUGUUAUACUGGUUUAGUCAAGAUCUUAACAUUUCUUGGAAGUUUAUUCGUACUAAUUGUAAAUGGAUUGCAAUGGAUUUUAAAGACAAAUAAUCGAUCAGUAUUACAAAGUCAAAAAGAAAAAUUAACAUAA